AUGAGGGAAUGGAGCUUGGAAAAUGAGGUGGAAAGAUUCGUGAGCGAGGCGAGGAAAAGACAAGAUAAAAAGGACAAAACAAAUGAAGAAUGGAGAAGACAAGAAAAAGAAAAGCUCAUUGAAGAAAAGCCAAAAAAAAUUAAUGGAAAUGAGCUGGAGGAAGAACUAAAAGAAAGGAAGCAAAAAAGGUUAAAAAUUGGUAUGAAUGAGGUAGAAAAAGCUGCCACAAUGAUGGAAGAAAACGAGAUUGUUGUGCUAGUGGAGACAUGGGUAAUGGAAGAUAAGGUGGAAAUAACAUGUGAGAGGCUGAGCAAAGAAUUCAAAUGGUGGGCGAAGCCUGCGACGAGAGAGAAACAGAGAGGAAGAGCAAAGGGAGGUCAUAUUAUUGGGAUAAAAAAAAAUUGCAAAUUAAAAUGGGACAUCAGGGAAUGGAAAUACGGAAUGAUGUUGGAAGAAAGUAAGGAAAGUGAAAGUAUAAUCACAGUGUAUAACAAUGUAGGAAUGAGCAAAUUAGAAACGGAGCUAAGAAGGCAGAUAGAAGAAUGUGCAAACAGGGACGAAAGUGUGAUGAUCAUUGGGGACUUUAAUGCGAGAAUCGGAGAAGAAAACGUAACAGGAGAGGACGAAGGCAGAAUGUGUGAUGAGUUAGGACUUUGCGUAUGGAAUGGUAGAGCAAGAGGAGAUGAAGGUGGGGAAAUAACUUACGUCGGGGGAGACGAAGAGAGUUUAGGAUCAGUAAUUGACCUUAUACUAACGCUGGACAGAGGCGAUGAGCAAGAAAUAGAGGUAAAAGUGGUGGAAAGAAUAGAGUCAGAUCAUCUACCAGUGUUGGCGAGAUAUAAGGUAAAGAGAAAUGAGGAAGAGGGUAAGGAAGGAAGCUGCAUGUCAGAGGAGGAAGAGCAGGAAGAAAUUGGAGCAAAUAAGCUGAUCUGGAAGAAAGAAAAAAUACAGGAGUAUGCAGAAGCAACGCAGGAAGCACUGACAGAAGCAGUAGAGGAAAAAAACGAGCUUAAGUGGGAGGAUAUAAAGGAAAUAGUAAGAAAAGGGGCUGAAAAAACGGGGAUGGUGAUGAAAGGAAAGAAGGACAAAGAUACAAAGGAGAAAAAAAAGUGGUACAAUAUCGAGGGUAAAAAAAAAGAAAAGAAGUUCAGAGGAACAAAGAAAAGAGCUGCAAGCAACAGCAUAAAAGCAAAACAAUGGGAAAAGCACUUUAGUGAUCUGCUGAAUGGGGAAGGCAAUGAAGAAUCGGAAGAGGAAGAAAAUGAGCCGUGGAAAGGAGAAGGUAGUAAUGAACGAUCAGAGGAGCCGAAGCUCGAUGAAAACUCCAGCAGGAGAGAAGUGAAAGCCGCAAUAAGAAAGCUCGGGAAUCACAAAGCUCCAGGGGAAGACGGGAUGGCAGCAGAAUUUAUAAAGAACAGUGCACCAGAUGUCAUUGAAUGGAUAGGCGAAAUUAUAAAUAGAAUAUGGGACGAAGGAAGUAUGCCAGAAUGA